CAUCCGGGGAAAAACGGACCUCUCUCUCUCUUACACACACACACGCACGCACGCACGCUCGCACACACACACACGCACGCACACACACACACACACCUCACUGACGAUUGAGAGAGAGGUGACAUCGUGGUUUAACCCUUUUUUGAGAGGAAUAUCGAGUGUCUAUGGGAAAGGGAAGAACGUCGAGCUCACCACGUUGGAAGCGCACCGAUUUUUCCACCAGGACUUUAUUAUUCCUUUCAGUUAUUUUCUUUGUUUUCCCUCUCGGCGUGUAAACAGGCUCUUUACAGUAUAAAACCAUCCCUCUGACACAUUCAGCCAAUGUGAGGAGGAGAUUUAACAGCCGUUAACAGACCUGAGCUCCGGGGUGCGCGUGAUUGCGCCGUUAUUCUCUUGGUGGAGACGCGGCGCUUUGUGAAGGGUUCAGAUGAAUAAUGCCUGGAUAAGCAGUGUGCGUAAAGAGCGCGCGUGAAGCGGCCACAGAGGAACGUUUCGGGGUGUCUUUACGGAUAAUAUUAUCCUUACGAAGCCAUGACAAUGAUUCCCACCCUCACCGUCAUCGUCUUGCUUGUCUGCCACGCAGGAUCAUCUCCAGUAGACUCUCCGCCCCCUCCCAAAGGGUGUGGCUCAGGUCUGCAUCCAUCUUACCGGAUCCUGUGUGACCUGGAGUCUGUGUGGGGGGUUGUUUUAGAGGCUGUGGCAUGUGGUGGUGCCAUUUCAGCUCUCGUCCUUUUCGCCAUCCUACUCUCAAAGUUGAAAAUGGUGAGUGACCCAGAGCGGCGUAGCGGUGUGGGACCUCUGCUGCUUCUGCUACUGAGUACGGUGGGUCUGUUCUGCCUGUCUUUGGCAUUCAUGGUGGGACGUGGAGAGACCGUGUGUGUGUUGCGGCGUGGGCUGUGGAGCUCGCUCUUUGCUCUGUGUUUCUCGUGCCUGUUGGUGCAGGCAGUGCGGCUACGGAAGCUUGCGACAGGGAAACGCAGCCCAUCAGGCGGCACACUGUCAGCACUGGCGUUCGGCAUCGCGCUCGUGCAGGGAGUCAUCAGCGGCGAGUGGCUGUUGCUCACAGUGGCACGCGAGGGCCGCAGCGCCUGUGAUUACCCACCACUGGACUUUGCAUUAGUGUGUGGCUAUGCAUUAGGACUGCUGCUCACAUCCACAACAGUUUCACUCGGAGUCCUUCUGUGUGGCUCGAGGCAUGUAGAUGAUGCAGCGAGGAAGAAGAGGCGCAGAUGGAGCUGUAACGGCGUCUGGCUUUUCCUCUCAUGUCUCGUCUCUCUUCUUGUUUGGGCUGCAUGGCUCGGGUUUUACCUGUACGGUAACGCUGCUGGGAGGAGCACCACAACCGGUGAGACAGAUGGAGAGGAACCUGCUCUGGCUAUAGCAUUAGUGAUGGAGGGAUGGGCUCUGCUGCUCUUCCAUGCCAUUCCAGAAGCCCACCUGUGUCUGCGAACCACCAAUCAGAGGGCAGAAGAAGGGGGCCAGGAUUAUUAUGACGCACGGCAACCACAGUCUUCGCACGCUUACCGUGAUGACGACGAACUGCCAGCCAGUCACAGAGCAGCGUACACGGAAAGACAGACGUUUUCCAUAGAGGAGCAUAGCGCAGGCAUGCAGGGUGGAGGUUAUCACACUACAGUAAUACGCCCUACACCUCAGUUCCGAAGCCAUGUGUACCAGCCCACUGAGAUGGCCCUGCUCAUGAACGGAGGAACGAUUCCCACAGCUCCCCCGAACUACACAGGACGGCAUCUCUGGUGAAUCCCACAAUCCCUCGUCUAAUAUACACUCUGUGUGAUGUCACAGGGUCAAAGGGCAAACGGUGUGGAGAGGGUAAACUAAUAGUUUUACAUAAGCUGUGCUUUCGUACAAUAUUGUAAUAAUGUAAUAAUCUCUGUAAGUUAACCUGAAACUGAGCGAUGUUUUCCAUGGCAACCGCACACUCACGUUGCACUGGAUGGUGACGAAUUACGGAUGCUUUCACACCAGGCUUUUUUUUUUUCUUUUUUUACUGAAGCGACGCACAUGACACGGUAACCAUAACAACGCUCAGUAGCAGAAGCUAACUAGCCAGUGUUAUCAUCACUAAUAAUAAAGAUUAGAUUUUAUUUUCACCGUUUAAUCCUGCUGUUCUUUGAGCUUCGGCUUUUUCACAUUUAAAAAAAAAAUUAGUUUGUUUUAUUUAAAAAUUGAUGGUGCACGAAACCACAACUCACCGCUAAAGUUUUAAAGUAAAGGAUUUAUUAUCUUUUCAUUGUUAGCUAGAUUACUAUUCAGUCGAAUUGAACGGUUUAAAUCUCUUGAGCCUAAUAAGAGUUUUAAUUUUUUAAAAAAUUAAAUGUGUGAUUGAAAAGUUCAGAAAUUUAAAAAGCAAUAAAAUAUCAUUGAACAGCAAACGAUGCCAAACGAGGGAAAGUCGCAACGUUUUUCCUCUGAUUUUAUUUGUUUAGUUUACGAGUUCUAUAUUAUGCUUAUUGUUUUGUAGUGUGAUGGCAAAGAAAGAAGUUGAGUGUAAUUUUGGAAUUUUAACAGCGAACAAACUGAACAAAGAGGCUAAAGUCGAGUUUUUUUAGGGUUGGGUUUUGCUACGAAUUAGUGCGUUAGCGCAGCAGCAUAAACGGACAAAUUCCUCUCGUCCGUUUACCUCAAUUAUUACCGCAAUCAAUUAUUGAUUUAGUUUCGCAGUCGUGGAAGUAAAUAACAAAGAAAUCCCAAUAGAUCUAAAUGAAAUAAUAAUGAAUUCUGCUUUAAUUCUAUACUAAUGGAGUAUGACACAUAUUCACUAACAAAACACGAUCAUCUCCUCACGCCGCUGUACGCCGGAUUUCUCGCUCGAUCUCAAAUUGUUUGAGAGAAGAAACGUUUGUGAUGUCACUCAUCACUGUCCUGAAAAAUUCUACACUCCGCCCCGAAUGAAGCCGGAGACGUUCACGUGAGAAUGCUACACAAUAUAAAUCGAAGCAGAACGUUUGUUUUAACAUCUCUCACGUUUUUUGUUUUGUUUUGCGAGUCAAUCAGACUGUUAUAUUCUACAUUCGGCUCAUAUCAGGAUUCAGAUCUUUAGUACAUAUUAAUGUUAUAAGUAUGUUAUAGUUUUUUUUUAUAAUUACACAUGCAGUCCUGCAUAAAAGUCCUUUUUAUACAGAUUUUUGUCUAAAAUGUUUCACAUUUUUGCAUCAGAAAAAAAUUUGUGGGUCUUUAGAUUUAAAAUUUUUUAAGUUUUUAAAUUAAAGUAACAUUUUACACAACAGACAAAAGAAUCAAAACCAAGGCGUCAGCGGAAGUGUGUCAGAAAAACGCACUCAUUUUCCAGCGAUUAAAACUGCACAGUUUACACCCAAGUCUUUUGCUGCUGCACUGUUUUCACUCCACAUAUUGACUUUUAUUUAGUUUUUUUAUACAUAGAAAACAUUUCUUCUCCUUAAAGGUUUUAAGUCAAUAAAUGAAGCACCUUAAGAAAAAAAUACCAAAACAAGAGGAAAAGGAAAUAAUUCUGAAUGCUAGGGAAUUGUGUUUUUUUUUCUUUACUCUUUUUUUUUCCCUUUCUCUUGUGAUCCUGUGUCUGUAAACAAAUAUGCGAGUCAAGUCCAAUCAUCUUCAGCAGCAGGUCAGAGAUCAGACGUAUCAUCCACAGUGUGUUCUUUUAAAAGACUAUAAUAGAUCCCUAAUAUAUUUGCAGGAAGGUUAUCUGAGCCGUUCAGCCUCUGCGUUCAUCGUAUCAUCCCUUUUCAGUCUGUGUUCAAAAUGAGCUUUGACAGUUUGGGUCACUAAAGUAUCACGAGACAGGAAACGUCACUGGGUGUCAAAAGAAAAGCAUGAAACUGCACGAAAGGCAAGAGCAAUAAUAGGCGAAGGAGUCGAGGGCUGACCGGAGGACAGGUUAACACAUUAGAUAACAGACCAAUGGCAGGUAGGGGGCGGAGUCAGAACCAGAAUCAAAGCCAUGAGCAUGUGGUAAAGAAAAUGUCGACUCAGCGCUUGUUUCAGUUAGUGACAGUGAGUGGAAGGAAGGAAUAAACAAACAAACAAAUAAACAAGCAAAUGGUUUUAUUGUUCUCCAACAAUAUGUUCUCCAGUUUUCUCCAAUCUACCAAAAAACACGAUGGAACAAAGAUGGAUUAAGUUGUGUGUGUUUUGUGUGUGUGUGUGUGUGUGUUUGUUUUGUAUGUGUGUUUGUUAAUUAAAGAAAAAUGUAGUGAAAACUCCACCAGCA